AUAUGUGAGAGACACUAAGCGUUGUCUGCUUUUUGUUUUUGUUUGCAUUGCAAAAAUAAACAACUUAAUAGAAAUUUUGAUAUUUAAAAAUAUUAUAAAAAGUUAAGAUGCCACUAACCGCAGAGAGUGCAGCUCAACAGAUUCAGGAUCGGCUGAAGGAUAUUCAACAACAUAUUCACAUUGUGGACGAGGAGCGCCGUCGGGCAGAAAACUCCAUUUCUAGCUUAGUACGAUCGCUUCAUGCCACCAAUCAAAAGGUUAAACCUCUGCUCAAGGCCAGUUUAAUGGAGGCUUCACAAGAGGAGGCCACAAUUCGAGCAGCCUUGGCUAAGAUCCACGAAAUCCGCAGUAUUCGCAACGAGAGGCGUAUCCAAGCCCGAAAUGCUGGAAACAAGGAGGCCAUUCGACGAGGAGCCCUAAUGAAAAUGGUGCAACUAUCCGCACAAACGCUACCUUUAUUCGUUGGCAAACUAGGAGAACGAGCACCGGCUUUAUGUGGAGCCAUUCCCGCCGAGGGAAACUAUGUGGCCAAGGUUGGCGACAAUGUGGCAGCCUUAGCCAAAGGAAUCGACGAAGAGGAGAACUGGAUCUUGGCAGAAGUAGUGCAGUUCCUGCAUCGUCAAAACAAAUAUGACGUGAUUGACAUCGACGAGGAGCAGAAGGACCGCCAUGUGCUGAGCAAGCGGAAGGUCAUUCCUCUACCCCUGAUGCGUGCUAAUCCCGAGACCGAUGGCCACGCCUUGUUUCCCAAGGAUACGGUGGUGAUGGCGCUCUAUCCACAAACCACCUGCUUCUACAAAGCCAUCGUGCACCGCCUGCCGCAGACCGCCACAGAGGACUACGAGGUGCUCUUCGAGGAUUCGUCUUACAUGAAUGGUUACGCAGAACCCUUGCCUGUAGCUCAGCGAUAUGUUAUUGCUUAUCGUCCAACAAAAAAAGGGUCUGGCAGUGGCAGCGGGAAUCUCUCAUCGGCUUAAGAAAUUACACGUACCCUUAAUUAUAGGUUAGCUUAGGAAUAACUUUUUAAAAUUGUAUCUCCAAGGAAAAAUACCAAUAAAGACUUGUUCUUAUCUAA